AUGAGCAGAAUCGAAACCGAUGCCUUUGGCGAAAUCGCCGUGCAAAGUGACAAGUACUGGGGAGCACAAAGCCAGCGGUCGCUCCAGAAUUUCGACAUUGGUGACACCAAAAUGCCCGAUCCUAUAAUCCGGAGUUUCGGAGUUUUGAAGGGUGCUGCGGCUUCUGUCAAUGAGCAAUUGGGGUUGUUGGAUCCCAAGUUGGCUGGUGCGAUCAGACAGGCUGCUCAGGAAGUAGCCGAAGGACGCUUGAACGACCAUUUUCCAUUGGUGGUUUUCCAAACUGGUUCGGGAACUCAGUCGAACAUGAAUGCCAAUGAGGUGAUUUCGAACCGAGCCAUUGAAAUUUUGGGCGGGAAAAUGGGUUCCAAGUCUCCCGUUCAUCCCAAUGAUCACUGUAAUAUGUCCCAGUCGUCCAAUGAUACCUUCCCCACGGUUAUGCACAUCGCUAUAGUUUCUGAAAUCCACAAGAGAUUGUUGCCCAACUUGCGCAAUCUUCGUGAUAGUUUCCAGAAAAAGGCAGAUGAGUUCGCCAAAAUCAUCAAAAUCGGUAGAACCCACUUGCAAGAUGCCACCCCGUUGACUUUGGGCCAAGAAUUCUCCGGCUACGUUCAGCAAUUGACCUAUGGACUCGAUCGAGUAGAGCAAUGUUUUCCUCGUUUGUUGUAUCUCGCUCAAGGAGGAACCGCCGUUGGUACUGGACUCAACACCACCAAGGGAUUCGAUACUAUGGUUGCUAGCGAAAUUGCAAAAAUUACAGGGUUCAAUUUCCAAACCGCUCCCAACAAGUUUGAAGCAUUGGCUGCUCACGAUGCUUUGGUAGAGGCUUCUGGUGCACUCAACACUUUGGCUACAUCUCUUUUCAAGAUUGCCAAUGACAUCAGGUACCUUGGGUCUGGUCCUCGUUGUGGAUAUGGAGAAUUGUCGCUUCCAGAAAAUGAACCCUGGUUCGUCAAUUAUGCCAGGAAAAGUCAACCCCACUCAAUGUGA